GCUAUUUCCUACUUGCACAAACGUAAUACAAGCCAGUUGGUGAUUUCUCCAAUAGAUGGGCGUCGCAAUUCUUUACAUCAAUGUGCUUCUCAUGAAUCUGCAAGCCCGUACAAAUUAAGGAACGUGAAUAUCAAUUAUUCAGACCCACAGGCCCCAGAUCAUUCGGCGCAAUAAUCUGAUCGAAAGUCGACCUCAAAGCUUCAUCCGUUAUACAACUACCAUUCGGAAUGGCUACCACAGCAGGAUCUCGCAAUAAUACCAAUGGUGUUCUUUCUGUAACAACUACUCAGACAUCGGGAAAUACAUCCAAACAAUCUGCUAGCAAGCCAGCAAGUUCCAAAACGAAACUCAUUGUUCGCAGACUGGCUCCCGGAUUGACUGAGACUGAAUUCUGCUCAUUGCUUGGUGACGAAUGGAAGGUAGGGCAAGGGAAGGUUGAUUGGUUUCAAUACAAACCAGGAAAGGAUUCUAAAGACCCUUCCAAACCAUCCCGUCCCUCUCGAGCAUAUCUUCACUUGACGAAUAGUGAUCAUCUUUUGCCAUUCUCCGACGUCGUGCGAAAAUCCAGUUUUGAAGAUGCAAAAAAUACAUACACAAAUUCUUGUCUUAUUGGACCACCCACUGUCGAAUUUGCGCCAUACAGCAGAGUCCCCGCAGGUCUCAAACGUCGUACAGAUGCCCGGGCUGGUACAAUCGAUCAAGACCCAGAAUUCAUGGCAUUUCUGGAGGGCCUAGCUAAUCCAGUUACCACAAAAGAAGUUGGCGCAGAGGGCGAAGAUCCCUCAACAGGAAAGGCCGAGAAGGUCACAGUAACUCCCUUGGUUCAAUUUUUGAAAGACAAGAAGGCCAAUAAGUCGAAGGAAUCAGCAGCCAAAGCAGCAAAGAAACAGGAAUCUUCAAAGUCCAAGACAAGUGAAGGAUCAAAUUCUACAGGUGAUGGGAAAAAGUCCAACAAGGAUUCCAAAUCCGACAAAGUUGCAACCACACAAGAAGCUGUCAAGAUUUUGAACAGGGAAGCUGGCAAGAGAACAGCAGCUGCAUCAACCUCAUCGGCAGCCUCCGCAUCUUCUCAAUCUAGUACUGAAAAGAAUGUACCUAAGCUUGAUACUUCUAAAAUUCCUGCAAAUGAAAGACAAGCCGUUGUCGCUGCUCAUGUUCGUAUGCUUCGACGUGAUCUCGGACUCAAUCCUUCGCAGGCGCAUCGUCGUAUCAAACGUGAUACAGCUAGUGCAGUAAAGGCGGAGUCUACUGAAAAGCCCACCGCAACUUCUAACAACAACGCAUCUUCCCCAGCUACUCCUACAACACCUACAGGUCCAAAAGUUCCUCCCGCUCAGCCUAGCGCCCAAUCAGGUAGCCGAAGAUCUAGGAGAGGUAAUCAAAAUCACAAUACCGAAUCGUCUACCAAUAAGCCAUCAACUACCACUACUUCUGCCCCAACCACACCUAUGGUUUUGCUAAGAAAGCCCGAUAAUCAAAGACCCCAGCAACGACCAAGUACCGCCACUUCUCAGCCCUCAUCUACUCCCCAAGUUCAAUCAAAACCAACUCCAAAAGUUACUCCAGCCACUUCAGCUACGGUAGCAUCUCAACAGGCUACUUCAAACCGAGGGUCAAAAGCUCAGGUGGAUGUUUCAUCCAAAAUUUCCCGACAAGCUUUCAUCAAACAUGCCAAUCCGUCUCAAGGCGUGACCGAACCAUUGCUAAAAGAAGCAUUAGAGAAGUUUGGCAAGGUCUCUAUGGUUGAAAUAGACAAAAAGAAAGGCUUUGCAUAUGCCGAUUUUGAAGAUGCAGAAGGCUUAAAGAAGGCAAUGGCUGCGAACCCAGUUUCCGUGGCCCAAGGCACCGUUCACGUUAUGCCACGAAAGGGGAAUACUGCAAAUCCUGUACCACGUGCUGUUCCGGCCCCAAGAGCACCUGCACCACCAUCUGCUAAUCCCGCUCCGCGUGGUGGUAGAGGUGGAACUAUGGGUAGGAGGGGUGGUAGAAAUGGAGGUGGAAGAGCUCGCGUGGAUGUUCCAGUCGCAGACUCCCCAAAAUCUUCUUCAGCCGCGGAUUCUUCGAAAUCAACUCCAGUCACGCCAGCAGGAUCAGCUUCCAAGUGAGAUUUUCUUGAUUUAGAAUGAUGGUUCAGCAGAUUCUCGAAAAGUGAUUAACGAUGGUUCGCCAAUCCAUCGAGAAUACGAGCCAUUAUCGGAAAUACCAAAAUUCAAUGCGUCAUAGAAAGUAUCCAUUUAAAAUGCCUCAAGAGCUACGAAAGCCCAAGGAUGAAAUCCAAAUGGAACUUGGGUUUAUUACCAGCUUGCCCAAUUUUGGUCUGAAGCUCAAAGGGAUGGGAUGAUUAUGUGCAGAGGAAGCAUAAAUUACGAGCAUGCGCGCAAGGUCAUACGUGAUAGCGAGAGGGAAGAACCAGGGAGUAUUGGUUCUGCAGUGGCCAGAGAUUUUGACCUGAAUACAAUUACACAACUCCCCAAACGGGGUUUCGUGUCUGAUCUAGUAUUACGUAGUAAAAUCUUGAGAUUAUUCAUUGAUCCUUUUCCCAUGGAUGCAUCCAUUGAACUGCCUAAUUCUUAUGCUCAAAGAAGCGAACCGUGUCGUCUGCAGUGGCUAUCAUCCAAUGUAUAACAUGCUCUUAUCUGCUCGGGGUCAUUGCCUGAACUUCUCACACUUCUUCC